AUGGCGGUUAAUAGUCAGAUGCACAACUUGACCACCCUGAUCAAGCGACUCGAAGCUGCAACUUCUCGUCUCGAGGACAUCGCUUCUGCAACCGAUCCGCCCGCCGACGCCAAUGUUCUGAACCAGGCGAUACCCUCUCCCCUCAACCCCUCCUCGGCUGCUCCCCCUCCGGCUUCCAUCCCCAAAUCCGCAAAGCCCGAGCCUGAAGCUGAGCCGCUUCCUGAGUCCAUUGAGGAAUUCGAUGCUUUCCUGAACACCUCCGUUGAGAAUUAUGUUAAGCUCAGUCACGAGAUCGGCGGGCUUGUUGCUGAACAGGCUUCCCUUGUCAAGACUGGUUUCCAGGAACAGCGCAAGUUUCUUUUGAUAUCGACCAAGGCAAAGAAGCCUGAUCUAUCUGGUUCCGGCAUGCCCGUCUUCCAAAAUCUUAUUAAGCCAAUUAACGAGGCACUUAUGGCUGUCAACGAGAUCAAGGACAACAACCGCCCCAGCCCCAUGAUCACACAACUGAGCACUGUUUCUGAGGGUAUCAUGGUUCUCGCCUGGGUCACUGUUGACACUCGUCCCUUUAAGCAUGUGGACGAAUGCCUAGGCGCGGCUCAGUUCUUCGGUAACAGGGUCCUCAAGGAGUACAAGGAGAAGGAUCCCAAGCAGAUCGAGUGGGUUCAGAGCUUCUACCAGGUGUUCCGUGAUCUUGCCGAUUAUGUCAAGCAAUAUUUCUCAACAGGUAUCCCAUGGAAUCCUCAGGGGCAAUCUGUCCAGGAAGUCCUACAGUCGCUGUCUAGCGACUCCGCACCCUCUCCUGCUCCUGCUCCUGCUCCUGCUCCUGCUCCUGCUCCUGCUCCUGCUCCUGCUCCUGCUCCUGCUCCUGCUCCUGCUCCUGCUCCUGCUCCUGCUCCUGCUCCUGCUCCUGCUCCUGCUCCUGCUCCUCCUGCUGGAGGAGCUCCCCCACCGCCUCCUCCCCCUGGGCCCCCUCCUGUUUUGGAUAUCAAGACACAGGAAGCCCCCGCGGCUGCCCCAUCUGGCGGUUUGGGUGCCGUUUUCUCGGAACUCAACAAGGGCGACGCUGUUACCAAAGGCUUGCGCAAGGUGGACAAGUCUGAAAUGACUCACAAGAACCCAUCCCUUCGAAGCGGCUCCACGGUUUCUACUGGCCAGAGGGGUAAGAGCCCUGCUCCUGGCAAGAAGCCUAAGCCCGAGAGUAUGCGUAUCAAGAAGCCUCCGAAGAAGGAGCUUGAUGGCAACAAAUGGAUUAUUGAAAACUUUGAGAAGGAAGCCGAGCCCAUCGAAAUUGAAGCCUCCUUGACGCACUCGAUUCUUAUCAGUCGUUGUAACAACACCACUAUCAUUGUCAGGGGCAAGGCCAACCAAGUCACGGUUGAGAACUCAACUCGACUCUCGCUGAUCGUUGACACCCUUGUGUCAACCGUCGACGUUGUCAAGGCUCAAAAUUUCGCUCUUCAGGUUAUGGGUACCAUCCCUACCGUUAUGCUUGACCAGAUCGACAGCGCACAAAUCUACUUCAGCAAGGAAAGCAUAGGAACCAAGGUCUUCACAAGCAAAUCGGCGGGCAUCAACCUUAACGUUAUCUCUGGCGAGGACGAUGACUACAGGGAGGUGCCUCUGCCCUCGCAAAUCUGCUCUUACUACGACGAGUCCAAGGGAGACUUGGUCAACGAAAUUGUGGCUCACGCCGGCUAA